GCAAGUCACGCCAUGUCAAGAGGAGGUGACCUGAGUUCUAGUGUAAGGUUUGAAGAUGGCGGCAGAGUCGUCCCGUUCUUCAAUGAUUUGUUUGUUUUGAUUUGUAAACUGCCUUGAUUUUAAUCACUUUGAAAAAUACGCAAAUCUCAAGGAUGUCUAGUUGGGCAGGCUUUACAGAAGAUGAAAUACGACGGAUGAGAAUAGACCAUGGAGAAACUGAAUCGAUGGGAAAACAGAAUGGUGAAUUUCCUUUGAAAAAGUCUUCUCUAAAGGUCGUUACAAAAAAGUCUCGAGUCAGAGAAAAGAUCAGAAAAAGUGAGAAAAAGAUAAUUAAAGAAUCUGUUGAAAGUGUUGAAAAUGACAAAGAUCAAGUAAAUGAUGAAAGUGUACGUGAAAUCCCGAGAGAAAAUCCUGCACCAGAGUCAGAAAGAUCACUUUCUCCGCCAGAUAGUAAAAUUCAAGAGGAAAAACCUUCAUCAGUGGAGUUGGAAGAACAAAAACAAAUGGAUGCAGAGCCUGGAAUGAUAACAGAACCCGAAAGGAUUCAAGCAAUUGAGUUGUCAUCUCUUGAAAAACUACAGCAGAAACAGAAAGAAAUUGAAGAUGAGAACAAGAAAAAGAAAGCUGCCUUGCAGGAAACACUAAAACUAAGAUACCGUAAAACUCAAGCAGAAGCCAAAACACUCCAGUUGGUCCAGAAUGAGCUUAGUCACCUGGAUACGCUGCUAUCAGCAGAUGUUGCAAUUCUUAGAGACAAGAUAGAAGAAGCUGCACGUGACUUUGCGCAAGCGCAGAAAUGCUAUGAAAGAGCAGAGAAAGAAUUUGUUGAAUCAAAGCUUGAUCUACAUAGAAAAACAGAACGGAAGGAGAUGCUCACAGAGCACUUGUAUGCCAUCAUACAAGAGAAUGAACAAAGAAAAGCGAAAAAGCUAGAGGAACUUAUGGCAAAACUGAAUGUGCCUGAGGCUGAACUUCUUACGUCAGAGUGUCCAGAAAAAUGUGAUGGCACUGAGAAAGAUGGUCUGACCAAACCACUGAUUUCCUUAGAGAAAAUUACAGAGCAACAAGAGGAAAAUAAAGAAAAAGACAAAAUAGUUAGUGAACCACCCGUAAGACGAGACUGGGAACUGAGUAUAGAGACUGAAAGACAGCAAACAUCUCCGUCAGACUGCUAAUUCAGGGGCUGUAACAAAGGGUGGGGACCACGUGUCCCCCAUUAUGU